CCGGUUGCUAUGGAAACGGAUUGCAAACCACUACAAAGGAUUCGCGGUUUCCACCCACAGAACUACGGAAUCGACCCGUGGCUUUAUCGGAUAUUGACCCAGCCCCUCUCUCUCAUUGCUUUAAUUGGUUGCAGGUAAAAGGGCUCAGGGCCCUCGCCGGAUAGAUCAACCUUUGCAUUUGCUGAAGAAAUUAAAACCCGGAGGGAGAAUGACUGACCCAAACUGGGAUAAGAAAAGUGCUGAAGCUUCCAAUUCAGACAUGGAGAUGCAAUGCGAGCCGCUGCCUACCUGUGUGAACCCGGGCAACCCAGUGUUCUCUUGCAUGCUGGACCCGAAGUCACUCUGUUCCACCACCUCACUCUCCAAACCCAAGAUGAUUAUGUAUAAAACCAACUCAAGCCACUAUGGUGAAUUUUUACCAAUGCCACAGUUUUUUCCCUGCAAUUACACUCCAAAGGAGUACAAAUUUUCCAACCAUAUCAGAGCGACUGGGAUGUAUCAAAAUAACAGUCUAAAUACUGCCCCUGAUAGAACCAGAACCCUCGAUUGUCCUAAUUUUCAACAUACAUUGUGAAAAUAAACUCCCUUGACAACUUAA